CAGUGAUCCCACUCGCUGCUGUUACUGCUCCUGUAUAUUUACAAGGACUUGGGGAAAGAUGGGCUAUUUGUAGGUGAAUUUCACUCGGCAUCAUCCGUGGAUCUGCUGUGCUCUCGACUUGAAUGUGACUGGCGUGGAAAUUAGCCAGGCUUUCAGCUGAAGAAGCAAAGAGAUCAUUGAGAGAGAGAGAGAGAAAAAGUUCAGUGACUAGGAGGAGGGAAAGAAAAAGUGGAAGAUAAAAGUGGAGCUGGUGUUUACAUGGGUCUCCUGCUGGGGACUAAAGCACUAUUCCGACUGGAUAGAAGUGCACAGAAGUGGGGGCAAAGUGAUUUCAACAGAAUCAAUGGAUCGCCAUCCAAACCUGAUGGCUGUGUGGCUGAAACUGGAAUUGUGUGUCAUCACCAUUCUGUUCACAAAAGGUGAAAUCAGAUGCUAUUGUGAUGGACCGCAGUGCGUAGCAACAGGCUACAUGUGCAAGUCCCAGCUCUCUGCCUGUUUUACCAGACUACUGGACCCUCAGAAUGUCAAUUCACCGUUACUUCAUGGCUGUAUGGACACUUUCUCCAAUACAACGGAGAUCUGCCAAUCACAAGGUUCCUACCACCAUAAAGGACACUGGUCACUCUUAGAGUGUUGCUGGGAAGAUAUGUGUAAUUAUAAAGGGCUACAGGAAGUUUUGCUGCAUUCUGCGAAUAGCAUGUCAGACCGACGAGCCAAUAAGUGGACCUCUGGGAACAGGAACCAGGACUCCCGGCAAGAGGUGAAUGCCAAGGAGAUUUGGUUCAGGGCAGCGGUGAUAGCUGUGUGCAUAGCAGGUGCUUUCAUCCUGGUGCUGCUGGUCAUGUUGGCCCUGCGAAUGCUGCGAAGUGAGAACAGGCGCCUACAACGGCAGCAUGAGCAGAUGAUCUCACGGCUGCAUUACAGCUUUCAGAAACCUCCCAUUGAAAAAUUCCUGGUGGGGACCUUGGACCAUGCAGCGACAGCGACGACAGCCAGAGACCAUGAAAACUACUGCAUGGUGCAUAACAAGCACUUGGACUCAUACAGUGAAAAUCUCAACUCAUUUUGUCCUUGGGAUGUCCACAGUGUCCAUAAAAAGCCAACUGUGGUGUGACUAUCACUUUGCCUGGUAAAUCCCCGAGACCCACAGUUAACCAUUGCAAGUUUAAAAUGAGGAACAUGUUUUCACAAAAAUGUGGUCAUGAUUAAUCGUGAAACAAUUGGCACUGAUGUUUUAUUGUUUGAGCUGAUUUGCUGCCAAUGUCGGAGUUGCUGGUUUUGAUGCCCUGCCACUUUUACUUGGAAAAUAUUCAUUUAUUUGAUUCCACUAAGUUGGAGGGUGAGUGGGUACAGCGUGGUGUAGAGUGUAAAACUUUCCUCUGGUCUAGCUGCCAGACUGUAAACUCCCAAUGAGACCCUGCUGAGUAAGGAUUUCAAAUACUGAUGAUGGGUGAAGCAUAUCAGGUCUAUUUACAGACACAUGCCUGAGCAAUAAAUGUACAAUAUAAUUACAGUUUUUGCAAACACGAUCAUCCUUUUGGAUCCUUGAUCUGAUUUCAUUUCAUGCAUUCCGCCUGUGGAAACUCUUCACCUCACUCUCUUGUGCUGCUGAUUAAGUUCUGUGAAGGGCAUCACUCAUGCCCAAACCUUUGGGAAUGGGCUGGAAGCUUAGAAGGCAGUGAGUGACGUGCCACCAUGUCAUUUUGCCAGUAAUAUGGAAAGUGGUUGGUGCGCCAUCUCGUCAGAUCUUGAAUGAUUCACUGCACUAGACAAUUAGAGGCUUCUUCCUGCAGGUGUUGACAUUUUACCAAUCAUUUGGGAUGGGGUGAGGUAGCACCCUCUGUGGUAAACCCUGGUGCCCUCUCACUGGGCUCAUGUUUAGGAAGUCUUUGGCUCAGAUGGAAGAGGAUUGCUCAAUGGAAAUUUGUACCGAUCCAUUCCUGGUCAAGCAUGGUGCAGCUGUACUGAGUAAGACACCUUCCCUCCUUCACUGGGGCCCAUAUGACUGUUAUUGAUAUCCCAGAGCCCACUGAACUGACCGUGUUUUGAAAAUUGAUGUACCCUGACCACAUGGGUACAGCUCUAAUCAUGGCUGCUGCAAGCAGUGCCCACUUCUAUCAUUGCCAGAAAUAGGCCACUGCCUUUAACAGAGAUGGAGGCAGUGGCAAUUUUGUCUUCUUUCAUAUGAAGUGGUUGUCACUGGCAAGACCAGCAAUUGUUGCCCAACCCUAAAGUCUAUUUGAGAGGGAAGUCAAAUGUCAACCAUAUUUAGGGCAGAUAAAGAUGUAAUGCUGGAAAAGCACAGCUGGUCAGGCAGCAUCUGAGGAGCAGGAGACUUGACAUUUCAAGCAUGAGCUCUUCAUCAGGAAUCCCUAAUGUAAAGCUCAUGCUCGAAACAUUGACUCUCCUGCUCCACGAUGGUGCCUGACUGAAUGUGCUUUUCCAGCCCCACAGUUUUUGACUCUGAUCUCCAGCAUCUGCAGUCCUCAAUUUCUUCUGGCAGCUAAAGAUGGCAGAUUUCUUCCCUUGAUAAGGAGGUUAGUAAACCAGAUGGGUUAUAACAACAAAUUAAUGAUAAAAUCAUGGCCACCAAUUGCCAGAGUAGCUUUAAAUUACAGAUUUAUUGAUUGAAUUCAACCACCAUGAGGAGAGUAGCUGGGUAUUCUAGACCACUUACUGACACUUUCAGUACAUUACCAUCUCCUCAGGUUUUUGCUGAUAAAAUGGAGCACCAGUUCUUGCUGACCUCAGAAACAGGGCCAUUCUGCUAUCAGCCCAUUCCCAUUUUCAGCCUUUGCUGUAGGACCCCUCAAUGUUCACACAAAAAAAAAUCACCUGUAGAAGUGUAACUUGGAAGGAAACAGAACAGACUGAAUGCAGUGCCAGUAGAAGAUGUUGAAAUCCAAUUGCAAAACAGAUGUGAACCAUUGAAAUUGCUAAGGUCUAUAGAUUAAAAGAUGUAAAAAGACCAAA